AUGUCUGACCAAGCAACAUGGCUAAAUACUGAUCCAAGUCAAUGGACUACCAAAGAUUCCACUGCUUGGCUAGAGUAUUUCAAGAAGGAUUCUCCAGCUGCAGAAGAGAAGUUUGAUCAAUUCAAAUGGAAAGGCCCAAUUCUCCUUUCGUGGAGCAAAGAUACAUUCAUUGAGAAGUCGGCGGAAUAUGGCUCAGCUUUAUAUGAUCACCUCCACUCUAGAACAAAGGUUCCUGCCCCAUCACCCCAAGGUAAGACACUCAUCACUAUAUCACUCCUUUUUAUUCGUCUAGUUCAUACAUUGAUGAUGAUUCGUCAGAUUCCAUCACUCCCAUUCUUUACCAUUUAA